AUGAAGAGCAGUGAGAAGCUCCCUCCUGUGGUUCAGGUAACAGUGAGUGUCAUUGGCAGCUACAGUGUGAGUGUGAGGCUGGUGAAUGAAGACACCAGUCUCUGUUCUGGUCGAGUGGAGGUUCUUCAUGAUGGUCAGUGGGGAACUGUGUGUGAUUAUAACUGGGAUAUGACUGAUGCUGCAGUGGUGUGUAGAGAGAUGAGCUGUGGAGAGGCUUUACAAGCAACAGGAUAUUCUUACUUUGGAAAAGGAUCAGGAAAAAUCUUAAGGUAUGUGCAGUGUAAAGGAUCAGAGUCUUCAUUAAAGGACUGUAGAUCAAGUGGAUGGGAUGAUCCAAACAGGUGUGGCAAUCAUAAUUCUGAUGCUGGAGUCAGAUGCUCAGAAACCAUAAACUAUGGACGAUUUGCCAGACUUGCUGAUGGACCUCACCUGUGCUCUGGGAGGUUAGAGGUUCUUCGUGGGAACACGUGGAUGUCAGUGUGUGAGUCUGUCUUUGACCAGCAGGAUGCAGAGGUUGUGUGUAGAGAGCUGGACUGUGGGGCUCCUGUACAGGUGCUGAGAGAAGCUGCUUUUGACAAAGGAGACACUCAGAUGUGGACACGAGAGAUUCAGUGCAGAGGAAAUGAAUCAACCAUUCGACGCUGUCCAUCAUCAACUUUAGAAAAUAUGAAUUGCACCCAUGAUAAUCAUGUGGGAAUGAUAUUUUCUGGAUACACUGAUGUCAGGCUGGUAAACGGUUCAGACUCUUGUUCUGGAAGAGUGGAGCUUCAGUAUCUCAGUAAAUGGGGCACAGUUUGUGAUGCAUGCUGGGAUAUGAGAGCUGCCAGUGUCCUCUGUAGACAGCUGAAUUGUGGGAUUGCUGUGUCUGUUGUGGGAUCAGACUGGUUUGGAGAGGGAAGAGGUGAAAUCUGGGCUGAUGUGUUUGAUUGUGACGGGAAUGAAACAAAACUCUCAGAAUGUUUCAUCUCUUCAUGGAGUCGAGCUGAACGUUCUCAUAGAAGAGAUGUUGGAGUCAUCUGCUCUGGUUCCUCUCUGUCUCUUCAUGACGGUCUGGUGCGGUUGUCUGGAGAGAGACAGUGUGAGGGGGAGCUGGAGGUUUUCAUCCAUCAGGUCUGGAGGAGAGUUCUGCUGGACUCCUGGAGUCUCACUGAAUCCUCUGUGGUCUGCAGACAGCUGGGCUGUGGCUCUGCGCUCAACUUCUCCGGCUCCUCUUCAUCCAGUCCUGAACACAGUCAUGAGUGUGUGACGGGCUUCCAGUGCUCUGGGAGUGAAGCUCAUCUGGGGAACUGCAGCUCUCCACAAACUCUCAACUGCAGCUCCACACAACAGCUGUCCAUCACCUGCCUUGGUCGCGGGUCCAUCAGGCUGGUGGGUUCUGGGGGAGACUGUGCAGGGAGGCUGGAGGUUUUUCACGGCGGCUCAUGGGGGACAGUGUGUGAUGACUCCUGGGAUAUUAAAGAUGCCCAUGUGGUGUGCAGACAGCUGCAGUGUGGAGUGGCCCUCAGUAACCAGCAGGUACCAGCCUGGUUUGGUCCUGGUUCUGGACACAUAUGGCUGGAUGAGGUGGAGUGUGAGGGGAAUGAGACGUCCCUGUGGAGCUGCUCUUCUCCAGGCUGGGGACAACAUGACUGUAAUCACAAGGAGGAUGUAGGGGUCGUGUGCUCAGAGUUUAAAGAGAUCAGGUUAACUGAAGGCUGUGAAGGGAAUGUGGAGGUUUUCUACAAUGGAUCCUGGGGUAAUGUGUGCUGGAACCAGAUGGACAGAGACACAGCGAGUCUGAUCUGUCAAGAACUGAACUGUGGAAGAUCUGGUGUUUUGUCUGAUUCUACAUCAAGAGUAAAAUCAGCUCCUAACUGGAUGGAUGAAGUAACUUGUCGUAAACAUGACUCCACUUUAUUGCAGUGUCCUUCUUCACCCUGGGGACAGAACUACUGUGGUGAACAUGAAGUGGCCAAAAUUAUCUGUUCGAUGGAGGAGAGUGAUGAGAUUCCUCGGAGCCGUCUGAAAUGUUCAACAUCUCCUCACCAGAGACAGUGUUCAAAUCAUGUUCCUCUCAGACUGAGUGGAGGUAAGGGCCGGUGCUCUGGGAGGCUGGAGGUGUAUCAUAACGCUGUGUGGGGCUCAGUCUGUGAUGAUCAGUGGGACAUCAGAGAUGCUCAGGUGGUCUGCAGACAGCUGGGUUGUGGAGCAGCACUGAGGGCUGAUGGGAAUUCAGUCUUUGGUGCUGGUGAAGGUGUUGUGUGGAUGAACAGAGUCGAGUGCAGAGGGAAUGAGAUUCACCUGUGGGACUGUCCUCUCUCCCUGAAAAACCACACUGACUGCUCCCACAAAGAGCACGCUGGACUCACCUGUGCAGAUGUUUCAGAUGUGUCAGUGUCCUCUACUCCUCACACAACAACAUCAGUUUCUCCUCCAGUGCGCUCAACAUCAGUCUCUCUUUCACAAACUCCUCCAGCAGAGUCUCUCUCCGUCUCCCCAGAGCUUGUGAUUGUUCUGGGAGUUGUGCUCUUACUGCUCUUAGUGCCACUGCUUAUACUGAUUCAGCAGAACAGAGUGAUGAGGAGAGCUCUCUCUAAGAGGAGACACAGGACGACGACUGAGGCUGUUUAUGAGGAGAUUCAGCACAGACACAAUCACUUCACUCAGAGAGGGAGUCUGAUCUCUGAAGAACUGCAUUCUGGGUAUGAAGAUGCUGAUGAGCUUCUCUCAGAAAAAGAGUUAAAGACUGGAUAUUAUGAUGAUGUCACCGACAGCGGUGGUCUGAAAGGAGAGAAGAAGGAAAUCACUCCAGGAUACUACGAUGAUGUCAUCACAGAUGGACUGAAACCAGAUUAUGAGACAGAAGUCACACCUGAGAGCUAUGAUGAUGUCAUGACUAGUCUCCAUGUUGAAAAAGUGAACACACCGGAGCAUUAUGAUGAUGUCAUCAUUAAUGGACGGAUCUUUGAAGGUCUAACAGAGGGAGAUCAGGAGUAUGAUGAUGUGAAGAACAGCAAUGAAGAUGAGAAAAACCUGCUGGAGUAUGACGAUGUGGGGAGGAGUCACGUAAAGAGAGGAGGGGCCAUAUGGCUCAAGACCACACCCACUGCUUCUGUUCUUUAAAAAGUUACUGGAGCUGCUGGGAGUGUCUCAUACUGCCGUUAAUACAUCCCUGCCAUGUGUUUUACAAUUUUUCCAAUCUUUGUAUACAAUAUCUUGUGUUACAUGCUUUGCAAAAAUAAAAAAAUUCAGUGAGUUUGGAAAUUUUGCAUUAGCUCCUUCUGCAGGAUGAUGUUGGACUAAUUCUUAUGAAAUUGUUUUAAAUAAAAAUAUAAGUGGAGUGAAGAAAAAACGAUAAACAAAAGACCUAAGAAGAAACAUCUGUCCUUUCACCCUCCUUCUCUCCUGAGCAGCUAAAUCUUGACUUAGGAGUGGCAAAAACUAAUGUUACUAAUAUUAUGUAUUUACGUAUCUUCAGAAUUCAUAAUACAAGAAUGAUAUUCAUAACCUGUCAUGCUAAAAGUAAGUUGGUAAAUUGGUUACGUGCUUUACUCAGAUCAACAGACGCACGACGAAGACCCAGGUUUCUCCCAAGUUUAUGAAGAUUAAAUUGUGUUUUAGGCUGAACGGGGCUUUAAUUUCAAUUGAUUUCAACUUAGUACCCUUUGGUAAAGCGGAGCGAGGUGUAAAGUUGACCCACGUUUUGUAUUUUGUCAUUUCUUCAAGUUCAUAUGAGCUCUGCUUUAUUUAAUGGUUGUUUCUACCGUCUUUAUUAUUUAAAUUGACAUUUUUUUAAACUUCUUUGUAAACGUGAACUUUAUUUAUCAUAUUUGUCUGUAUAUGUAUGUAUUUGUUUUCUUUGUGUUGUUUCACUGAGAUUUAAUGG